UUGCUGCGCCUUGUGCGCAUGCGCCAAAUCAGGACAUUGGAAGUAACGGGGAUACACUUUUGGGCGGAACGGGUCCAGAUUCCCUGUUGAAAAGCUGCAGGAAUCAUGGGAGCCGUGUUCCUGCCAGCAGAUGCCGCGCACUCUGUGCUGCGGAGGCUCCCGAGAGCAAACUUCUUCUUGGAGGAGAUGAAACAAGGGAACAUUCAGCGAGAAUGCAGAGAGGAAAUCUGCAAUUACGAAGAAGCCAGGGAGGCAUUCGAGAACGAUGAGAAAACGAGGCGAUUUUGGGAGGAGUAUCAGCGAGAGAGCAGCCCCAGACCUGGAGGACUGGAGUCCAUCGCUGGUGGUGUUCAUUCCCUAUACCUAAUCCUACCCCUGCUGCUGGUUUUGCUGCUUAUUGCUGCAGUCUCCAUCACAGUUUGGAGAUGCCAUUCCCGCAAAAGAUCCCAGCAAAGCCCUGCCAUCGGGCGUCCCCAAAGAGACACAACACUGUCUGUGGUGUCAAUGGACCAAUGGGGUCGGGACUACCAUCCUGACAUCAGUCCUCACUCGGAGAUCAGUGCCCACAGUAGCCCUGCCUACCCCGGCGCUGACCUCACACCAGGGCGGGGCAGUCGGGGUGACCCGCCCCCUUCAUAUGAAGAAGCUGUGGGCCAUACAGAUAUACAGAUUGAAGCAGAGCCUCCUCCUCAAUAUGAAGACAUCAUCAGCAACCACGGUGGCACGGUUGUCAUCUCCCAGGGAAAGUGACGGAUCUUCCAGGCAUGUGAUCCAGCAUCAUGAAGAGAUGCAUUUUGAGGCCUCCGCCAAUACUGUAAACUCUGUCAUUUAUUAUUCACCUCUAUUAGUUUGUUUUCAUAACUAAUGAUUUGUAGGAUGUGAACAUGGUUUGGCUGUUUAUUUUAUUUAAUUUUUAAACUUUUUUACUUCUACAGGCAUUCAAUUCUAUUACUAGCAAAAUAACUAUUUUAUUUUAUAUGCAGCAAAAUGAACUAAUGUGAUCAUGCUUCAAGGGGCGUAUUACAGAAAGAUCCUAGCUUUUAAAUCUUAUCCUAUCUGUUUGGUAACCAAUGAAAUUUCAGUUAGGAGAAAAGCUAUUACAGGACAGGAUUUAUUAUGUGUGUUAUCUUAUCUUAACUACAGAUAGGAAGGUGGUAUUGGAGAAACAUCCGAACUUGACAAAGUUGUAGUGGAGAUUAAUGACGUUUCUUAGUUUUGUUUAGGUGAACUCAUCAGCAGCUUGUGCAGUGUUGGCUUGUCGAACUUGAUGACUCAAUUUAAAUUUCCUAACAACAGAUUAGAUGCAGUUUUGUAAGAUGGGGUAAAAUUAGCCAAAAAAAUCCUAAUUUAACGUGUCAAAUCUUAAUUCAAUUCAAUUCACCUUUAUUUGUAUAGCGCUUAUACAAUGUAGAUUGUGUCAAAGCAGCUUCACAUAAAAGGUCACAGUAAAUUGGAACAGUGUAGUUCAGUUUGUAGUGUUUAAGUUCAGUUCAGUUUAGCUCAGUUCAGUGUGGUUUAAUAAUCACUACUGAGAGUCCAAAUAUUGAAGAGCAAAUCCAACGAUGCGCAGCUCUAUAGAUUCCGAACCAUGCAAGCUAGAGGCGACAGCGGAGAGGGAAAAAAACUUCACUAAAUGGCGAAAGUGAGGGAAAAAAAACCUUGAGAGAAACCAGGCUCAGUUGGGCACGACCAUUUUAAUUUCUCCGCUGGCCAAACGUCUUGUGCAGAGCUGUUAAGACACAACAUAUGAAACUUUCUGUAAUACACCCCCAGUACUGAGAUGAUUACAGAACUCACGGCAGCUUGAAUCCAAGCCCACGUCUAAUGAUGAUGAAGUACUGUUAUGUCAACAAGUUACAUUCUUCUUAGUAAGUCCUAAAAAACUAUUUUCCUAGUUAUGGCCUCUAGUGUUGUCAGUAGUACUGGUGCUUAAAUUGGAGAAAUGCUACAGUACCAGCCUUUGUGUAACUGGUAUGUGCUGAUAGACGGCUGUUUUCCAACUCUCCCUUGUGUAUUUGUGUGAAGAAUGUUCAAGGUUUGUUUGUAUUUACAAUGCAUUGAGCAUUGUAGCCAUUCAGAGCCAUUCUUGUUUGUUGCGCAGGUAAACUCAGUUGCUAAUCUGAGGUGCUUUUUUACUUAAGUUUUUUUACAAGUGUCAUUUUCUGAUAGUUCCCAUUUAUUUUACUAUGGAGAAAAAUUUAUGAUUUUUUUUUUCUUCCAGAACCUCUUUGAUGUGCCUCAUGUGUGUUUGAACUUUCAUUUAUUCACAUUCGCAAAACUUAUUCAACAUAAAAUUGUGAAGUUUAGACAUAUUUCGAUUUUGGAGUAAUAACCCUAUUAAAAUGUGAGCUGAAUCUGUCGGUGCCGAUAGUCUAGUGCAACCCUGUUCCUGAAGGAACACCAGCAGUACACAUUUUCAACCAAUUAAACACACCUGAAUCAACUCAUCAGAGCAUUAGAAGAGAUUUCCGAACCUCAAAUGAAUGGGUCAGAUUAGGGAGACAUCCAAAAUAUGUACUGUUGGUGUGCCUCUGGGAACAGGGUUGGAACAGGGUCCUUUUUUUCUCCAAAUUCACUUUGUGUCAAAAUAUACUGCGUACUGAAAUCCAAUAGUUGGAAAUAUCGAUAAGGAUCUUGGGCAGUACAAAACAGUCUUGUACAGACAUUUUGCUGUUUUCAUUUUGGUCAUACAGUAACAGUAUGGCUUUGAAAAACUUGCACUAUUGCUUUCAGAAUUUCACAUUUUCAGGCCCACAAAACGUGGCUGUCAAGUAAAUUAAUGUUCAAAUGCUGUAAUAAAUUUCAGCAUUUAAAUUUAGCAGUGUAAGUGCAAUAGACCUGACACUUAUGUGACCUGUGAUGUGUUUAUAAGUUGUUUACUUAUUUUAGUAGCAUUAAUUUAGAUGAUUUUUUUUACAUACAGCAGUCAUUUCCAAAUAGUCAAAUAAAAAUAGAAUACAAAUUAAUAUUUAAAAAAAGCAUGACUUUUUUGUGCUAUUGACACUGACUAGUGAAAUGCUGGUACUGUGACAGCACUAGUGGCCUCACAUAGGGACCAUUUAGACCUAGAAUAUUCUACAGAAUAACGUUCAGAGGAAACAAAUGCACAAUAUUUUCAGGAAGUUGUGAAUUGUAAUGUUUACUGAUAUUCUCUACCUGCAGGUUCGUUGUAGCCUUUGGAGAUAAUAACCGUUGUAGCUUAGGCUAUUGCUGUUUAACCUUUAUAAUUGCAUAGGAGUCUCUAUGCAAUCUUCGAUGUUCAAUUGAUUCAUUUUCUCCCUCUAGUUGAGGCGUUAAACACUGUGCGUUUGAGUUGGUGUGUUGGAAAUGUUUCCGCUGAAUGGCUAACCGUGGAUUAGCAAUGGGAAAUCAUGCUUGGGGGGUGAAAAAGUGCUGACAGAACAAAUUCUUGAUUUAAUGUAGCAUCAUGGUUGUUAAUCCUGAAUUGGCUCCAGCGGGCAGCAAGUCAGUGUCUGUGAGAUUUAGGUUUAUAUUUGCUGUGGGAAUGUACAGUACUGAAAUAUCGUAUUGUGCAAAAGGGGUCUAAGGUUUGUUGUUUGGUUGCAUUCCGGUGGUCUAUGCAACAGCGCUGUCCUUUUUUUUUUUUCACAGUUUGUGGAUUGGAGCAAUUGUGGAAGGAUUAAACGGGGCAUAUUUAGCAUCCCAAGCUGGGAAUGGUGGGAAUUAAGGAGCAAGGCUCAUGCUUUUGUAUGUUGUGAGCGGCUCCUUAUAGAUUUGCUUUACGGUAAAUAACUUUAGUUUCUCUAACCUCUUAGAGAAUGUUAUAAUUAACGAUUAUGACUACCUUGACCACUCUGGUUGUUUUAACCGAUAUCUGAUGUGUUUCAUACUUUAUUCAAGUUUUUUCGAUUCCACUUGUUUCCGCAUUGUAGUUUUGUAUCAAAAAUGUAGUCGAGAUCGUAUCUGGUCCAUUCAAAGCAAACUCUUUUCCCAAUGGUAGGGAUUUAAUUUGUUUGGAAACACUUUACUUGAAGACUUUAUGGCAACACAGGCUCAUUGAAAAUGUGUGCUUCAGCCUAGGUUUUGUCAGAUCGCAAAAACAUACUUCAACAUAUGUUUUACUACAGUUUUUAUGUAAAAUGAACACUAGAGUGCAGUAUGAAGCUAAAAAUAAGUGUUCCUUUUCACACUAAUGGACUAUUUUCACAAACCUGUUAAGACGUGUUUAAAGGUAA